AUGGGCACACACACAAAUAAUAGUGACAGUAAGAAUAGUAAUAGUAAUAAUAGUGGUAGUAAUAAUAGUGAUAGUAGUAGUAAAAGUGAUAGUAAUAAUAGCGACAGUGAUAGUCGUAGUAAUAGUAGUAGUGAUAGUAAUAAUAGUGAUAGUAAUAGUGAUAAUAAUAGUGAUAGUAGUAGUAAUAAUAAUAAUAAUGAUGAUAGUAAUAGUGAUAGUAAUAAUAGUGAUAGUAGUAAUAGUGAUAGUAGUAAUAGUAAUAAUAAUAGUAUAUACCCCGAGUUGCGGAAUGACGAAAAGUGCAAUUCGAAUGAAAUAUGGUGGAAGGCAUUCGAGUCUGAAAUUCUCGCCCCUGUAAGCGGUCUAAUGAAACAAUAUGUCGUCCCUUUUACGGCGUGUGACGGAAGUGCACAAUUGUCGUCAUUAGCGUCAUUAGCGCUGUUAGCAUCGUCAUCGACGCCAUUAUCUUGGUACCAAAAUGGUUCCAGUUGGUACCAAAACAAUGAUAAUGAUGCUGAUAAAGCUAAUGAUGUUGAUAAUGAUGAGGAUGAUGCUAUUAAUGACAGUGAUAAUGAUACCGAUAAUGAUAAUGAUGCUGAUGAUGAUAAUGAUGCUAAUAAAACUAAUGAUAUUGUUGAUGCUAGUAAUGGUACCGUUGAUGAUGAUAAUUAUGCUGAUAAUGAUAGUAAUGCGGAUGAUGCUGAUAGUGAUGCUAAUAAUUAUGAAGAUGAUGCUGAUAAAGCUAAUGAUUCUGUUCAUGAUGGUGAUACUGAUGAUGAUAAUAAUGUUGUUAAAGCUAAUGAUUCUGAUAAUGAUAGUGAUUCUGAUGAUGAUAAUGACGCUGAUAAAGCUAAUGAUAAUGAUAAUAAUAGUGAUGCUGACGACGAUAAUAAUUCUGAUAGUGAUACUGAAGCUGAUAAAACUAAUGAUGCCGAUAAUUAUAGUAAUGCUAAUGAUAAUAGUCAUGCCAAUAAUUAUGAUGAUGAAGCUGAUAAAGCUAAUGAUGCUGAUAAAGCUAAUGAUUCUGAUGAUGAUAAUGAUGCUGAUAAAUCUGAUGAUGAUGAUGAUGAUGAUGAUGAUGAUGAUAAUAGUGAUGCUGACAAUGGUAAUAAUGCUGAUAAUGAUACUAAUAAAGCUAAUGAUGUUGAUAAAGCUAAUGAUGCUAUUAAAGUUAAUGAUGCUGACAAUGAUAGUAAUGCUAAUGGUGCUGAUAAAGUUAAUAAUGAUGCUAAUGAUGAUAGUAAUGCUAAUGAUGAUAAUGUUGCUACUAAUGAUAGUGAUCAUGAUGAAGAUGAUGCUACUAAUGAUAGUGAUUAUGAUAAAGAUGAUGCUAGAAAUGUUAAUGCCAUUGAUGAUAAUGAUUAG